AUGGUCUGGAGCCUGGUGCACUUCGUGCUGCUUCUGAUGAGAUUGUGCGCAACUGGGAUAAUGUGGAGAUUCGCACAAAACAAUUUUGGCAUGGCUUCGAGUACGGUGUGCUACAAGACGAGGAUGCGGAUGCGUUUCCUGCUCACCUCAGGGCGAGCGCGGGAAUCGAAAUUGUUUCCAUGUCUGCGGCAAAUACUGCACACAAUUCUAGAACGUGUCCGUGUGCUCGGGUUUCAUUUGACGCUCAUAGACUUGCACGUGCUCCGGCAGUCUUCAGAACACGCAUGUUUUGAGGAGCAUCUCGAUUUACACAAUGCCAAUGAUGUCGCCAUAAUCUGUGUUCUUUCUAGAAGUGAUACUCACGAUGAAAGUGAAGGUGCCGAAGAGUAUGCUCAGGAAAAAAGUGGAGUUCACAUCCGGACGUUACCUUUGUCUCAAACAUGUCCCAAAGUGUGGCUGCCUUUAAAGCAGCCGGGCGACGGUUGGGGGAUAGGCGAGCGAGGUCGGUUGGGAACGUCGCGCCGACGCCGGACCGGAUCGUGGAGGACCGCGAUCCCGAAGCGCAUCGAGCGCAUCAUCGAGGCGAAGGGCGUCGCGGUGCAGGACAUCUACUUCCGGAGCGGCCGGCGCUACCGCGCGGCGAACGACGCGCGCGACCUGGAGCACAAGCCCCGGAAACGCCAGCGCAAGGCGACCUGCAUGGAGGCCAAGCCCGUCCACCCCCGGGGACGCCCAGUCGUCCUGGGAGGCCCUCUGCGCCAGCGACUCCGACUAGGCUGCUUAAUGUUGUGUCCUAGGCCCGAUUCGGUACUUUCAGCCCCCAUGCCCAAAUCGACCCCACGCGCGUUCCGGGGGCGUUCCGCGCGUGGUCGGCGCGAGCUUUCCACAGUCCCCAGCGUCGAAUUAGUGGAGUUCCACGACAACCGAGCGCCCAAACGAGACGUCGUUUCCGGACGGGACCUGCCCGGACGACCGGUCACGGCCGUCUCGCGGCGCGAGGACGGUCAACACGUCGCCGUCGGCCCAGGGGCUAGGCGUGGACACAAUUUCGCUGCCAGCGCACACGAUCUCCUCGCGGAACACCAGCCGCUCGGGCAGCCCCUCAGAUCAGCGAUCCAGCGAGAUCCGACGCUGGAGCGACACGAUCUCGCGAACGGCGUCGAAUUAGUGGAGUUCCACGACAACCGAAUUACCCGGGGCCGACAUGAGCCCAUCAGUUUUCGGAACGAGGCAGUGUCGUGCUGCCUUUUUGGUAUCGUGCAUGGGACCCUCUCUCAAUUUUUCUUCGAAGGCAGUGUACAACAUUUGCUUUCAUGGAGGCAGGUGGUGUCUUUUAUGGUUGUUUCGCUUUGGGUACAUGUUGACUUGUUGCCUUCGACUGGAACCUUGCGUAUUUGUUGCUGGGUUUCCAAAGUGUGGAUCUACGGCGUUGAUGGCGAUGUUCCCUAUGCAUCUUCAUGGCAUCGUGUUGCCCGCAUGGUUCAACGUGUAUGGAAAAGAGACAAACCGCCAACAGGCGAUGCAAUGGUUACCAUAUGGGACAUUCUUUCCAUGCAAACCAUGCUUGUGGACCUCGCUCAGAUGGAGAAUAGCACGGGUAGCAAGAAUCCCAUAGAUUUUAUUCAGGAUCCAUCUCUAUAUUCGCCAGACGGCGCUCUCGCUAGUUAUGUUGAUUUAUGGCUUUUCAAGCUUUCCUCGUCGCCAAAUAUUGUGGAUGCGUUGCAUGCUUUGGAGAUCGAAGCACAACAGCGGGGCAUCAUCCCCCUCUAUAGAGCCUUUCUAGUCGAUCUGACAUCCAUUGAAGCAAAGGAAUCAUUUCUGUACUUUGCCUUGGCGCAAGCCAUCGCAAAGACUUGCAUGGGUUUUUUCCUCUCCAAGUGGGCUGCGGCGUUGCCCACUGACAAGAUCCUUGUUAUUGAGAACCAUUGUUUGCGUUCUGAUCCUAGCUUGGUUUAUCGCCGCCUUGGGGAAUAUCUGCAGGUACCCCUGAAAAGCGCAAGUGAGAUUUCAGUUGGAUCCCACGAGUUUAACGCCCUGGAUGAAAACUUCUUUCUCAAGGACCGUUCAUUAAUGCGCGAGUUGAAGCGAAGGCUAGAGUGGAUCCAAUGA